CUUACCUUCACCCCGCUCAUCGAAAUGACCAUCGAGACAUCUCCAACUUGCCAAAACGGAUCAUCGGCUACUGCGAAGAAGGGAGAUCACGAAGAAUACCAAUACCUCUCCCUCAUCCGACGCGUCCUUGACACUGGAGACAUUCGACCAGACCGGACUGGAACCGGCACAAUCGCGCUUUUCGCGCCUCCUUCAUUCAGAUUCUCACUUUUAGACGCGACACUACCGCUAUUAACCACAAAACGCACCUUCUUACGCGGUAUCAUCGAAGAACUGCUGUGGUUCGUCCACGGAUGCACGGAUUCCAAGCUCCUUUCCGAGAAGGGGAUCAAGAUUUGGGACGGCAAUGGCUCGAAGGAGUUUUUGGAGAGUAGAGGGCUUGGACACCGACGCGAAGGGGAUUUGGGUCCCGUGUAUGGAUUCCAAUGGAGGCAUUUCGGAGCAGAAUACGUCGAUUGCGACGCGGACUAUACAGGUCAGGGCGUCGACCAGCUCCGAGAAUGCAUCAAGAAAAUCAAGGAAAACCCUACCGAUCGGCGUAUAAUCCUGAGCGCUUGGAACCCCAAAGAUAUACCCCAAAUGGCGCUUCCACCAUGUCACAUGAUGUGCCAAUUCUACGUUCAACUCCCUCCCCAAUCGGACCCUACCCGCAAACCCCGCCUCUCCUGCCUCAUGUACCAACGCUCAGCCGACCUCGGACUCGGAAUCCCCUUCAACAUCGCAUCCUACGCGCUAUUAACCCACAUGAUCGCACACGUCACCGGAACGGAGGCGCACGAACUCAUCAUCCAGCUCGGCGACGCUCACGUUUACAGGGACCACGUCGAGGCGCUCGAGGAGCAGCUCAAACGGGAACCGAGACCGUUCCCCAAGAUCAGAUGGGCACGGGAAGGGAUUGUGGAUAUCGAGGACUUCAAGUAUGAGGAUUUCGUUGUCGAGGGAUACAACCCCCAUGGACCUAUUGCUAUGAAAAUGAGCGUUUAA